UCGUAGUACAUACAGAUCGAAAAAGAAGAAAUGAUCAAAAUAAUUUCUUUACCGGUAGUUUUCUCAAUAAUUGCUCUGACCAUAUGCAGUGGUUCUACGCAACAAGUCCCACCAGCACCACCGGCGGCAGCCACAGCUCCGGCGGCGCUACCUCGACCCGCCCAAGAUUUCUUGGACGCCCACAACCAAGCAAGGGCGGAAGUCGGCGUGGGCCCACUGGCGUGGAGCCAGAUGCUUGCCAAUGCCACCAGCCUGCAGGUUCGUCACCAGAGAGACGCACAGAACUGCAGCUUCGCCGAGCUAAGCGGCAGCAAGUACGGCGGAAACCAGAUGUGGGCAGGCGGAGCGGCGGUGACGCCGCGGAUGGCGGUGGAGCAGUGGGUGGAGGAGAAGAAGUUCUACGAUUACGCGAACAAUUCUUGCAUUUCAGAUCACCAGUGUGGGGUGUAUACUCAGGUGGUGUGGAAGGAAUCGCUGGAAUUGGGCUGUGCUCAAGCGACAUGUGGGAAGGGACAGAUUACCUUAACCAUAUGUUUCUACAACCCUCCCGGAAACGUUGUCGGAGAGAGGCCCUAUUGAUGAUGUUUUUCUCUCACUCUAUUUGCUUGUUCUUAUAAUUACCGUCUCAAGAUCCAAGCUUCUCUGAUCUUUUCCAGAAAAACAAGAGUUGGGUUUGAAGGUCUAGUAGUGGAAUUUGUGAAAUUUUGAUUGUACUAAUGUUUUGUUGAUUGUCCGAUUAAGAAUGAAAACAACUUCAUGCCCUUGUUCUUGAUUGCCAUAACAUGCACUGUUUGGUUGUCAUUAUCAUUAGUCAAUUUGUUUUUGUAAUGGUAGAAUAAGUAAUUCUUAUCAUACUUAAACAUGGAUGCUACC